GCUAGAGCGUAGUGGCGGCGGGGGCGUGGAUCGGCGGCAGGCCCGGUUAGCGCCCUCUGGGCAGCGAGGUGGACUGACCGUAGCAGGACCCCGCCGGGCGGCCCUGACAGAUUGAAGCCUCGUCAGAGUCUUCUGGAGAAAAUGGCAGACACAACACCGGAGCCUUCUGGGCAGCUUGUCGUACACUCAGACACUCACAGUGACACUGUCCUGGCUAGUCUUGAGGAUCAGAGGAAGAAGGGCUUUCUUUGUGAUAUUACUUUAAUCGUGGAGAAUGUGCAUUUCCGAGCCCAUAAAGCCUUACUUGCUGCCAGUAGCGAGUAUUUCUCAAUGAUGUUUGCGGAAGAGGGCGAGAUUGGCCAGUCCAUUUAUAUGCUGGAAGGCAUGGUUGCAGACACUUUUGGUAUCCUGCUAGAAUUUAUCUAUACAGGUUAUCUACAUGCCAGUGACAAAACGACAGAACAAAUCCUGGCUACUGCUCAAUUCUUAAAAGUCUAUGACCUGGUAAAGGCUUACACAGACUUCCAGAAUAACCAUAGCUCUCCAAAGCCACCGGCUUUGAGCUGCACAGGUACUCCAGUGGUUGUUAUUUCCAAUAAGAAGAAUGACCCUCUAAAACGGAAACGGGGAAGGCCAAGAAAAACCAGUGGUUUGCAGGAAGGGAAAUCAGAACUAGCCGCAGAGGGAGAGACGCAGCUAAGAGUUAACAAUUCAGUUCAGAAUAGACAAAACUUCGUGUGUAAAGAAGAAGACAGUGUCAAACUGAGGGAGCAGACUCCAAAAGAAAAGGAGGCAGAGCCUGCUGGUGAGCCAGGCAGAGCGGGAGAGAUGCCAGCCGAAAAGGACGAGAACUCGGACCCCAAGGCUCGGGAUGGGCAGGAUAGCCAGAGUAGGUACAGCAAGCGGAGGAUCCGCAGGUCUGUCAAGCUUAAAGAUUACAAGCUUAUUGGAGAUGAAGAUGACCAGAGUACAGCCAAGAGGAUCUGUGGACGAAAAAAGCGCUCCAGUGGCCCUGAGGCCCGGUGUAAAGACUGCGACAGAGUCUUUAAAUAUAAUCACUUCUUGGCAAUCCACCAGAGACGCCACACCGGGGAACGACCCUUCAAAUGUAAUGAAUGUGGAAAGGGGUUUGCUCAGAAGCACUCCUUGCAGGUUCAUACGAGGAUGCAUACGGGGGAGCGGCCAUACACCUGCACCGUGUGCAGCAAGGCGCUGACCACCAAGCACUCCCUGCUGGAGCACAUGAGCCUUCACUCAGGACAGAAGUCUUUUACCUGUGACCAGUGUGGAAAAUAUUUCAGCCAGAAAAGACAGCUAAAGAGCCAUUAUCGAGUCCAUACAGGCCACUCACUACCAGAAUGCAGCCACUGCCAUCGAAGGUUUAUGGAUGUGUCCCAGCUAAAGAAACAUCUGCGAACACACACAGGUGAGAAGCCAUUUACUUGUGAAAUCUGUGGGAAAUCUUUCACAGCAAAGAGCUCCCUUCAGACUCACAUCAGAAUCCACCGAGGAGAAAAGCCAUAUUCCUGCAGCAUCUGUGGCAAGUGCUUCUCUGACUCCAGUGCCAAGAGGAGACACUGCAUCCUACAUACGGGCAAAAAGCCUUUCUCCUGCCCUGAGUGUAGCUUACAGUUUGCUCGCCUAGACAAUCUGAAGGCGCACUUGAAAAUCCACAGCAAAGAGAGGCACACGUCGGAUCCCAGCAGUGCGUCUGGCAGUGCUGCCGACGAGGUCCGGAGCAGUCUGCAGCUGCAGCCAUACCAGCUCUCCACCUCAGGGGAGCAGGAGAUUCAGCUUCUCGUAACCGAGUCUGUGCACAGCAUUAACUUCAUGCCAGGCCCCAACCAGGGGCUUAGCAUUGUAGCUGCCGAGGGCUCUCAGAACAUGGCCACAGACCCGGCUGCCAGCAUCACCCUGCUCACACAGCAGCCGGAACAACUGCAGGGCCUCAUCCUGUCAGCUCAGCAGGAGCAAGCAGAGCACAUUCAGAGCCUCAGUAUGAUCGGAAGCCAGAUGGAGUCCUCCCAGACUGAGCCAGUGCAUGUAAUCACACUUUCCAAGGAGACGCUGGAGCACCUCCACGCCCACCAAGAGCAGACAGCCAACUCAGUACCUGCAGCUGACACAGGAGCCCGAGCCACCCCUCUCCCCUCCACUAGGCCAGGAGCAGAGCUGACCGAAGCGCCUCUGACCAUUCCACUGGACCCUUCCCCUGGAGCAACAGUGGCAGUGGCCCUUUGGGCCAUCAUCUUACAGAUCCUUAAAGAUGUGACCCUGCCAUUCUUUAUAAUGGGCUCCAUCAGGGCAGAAUCUGUCUUAUGUAUACUACCAACUCGUAUCUAGCAUUUAAAUAUUGAUGAGGGGUUCCACUUUGAUGUACUAUGUCUCUUCAAGAUUGGCAGGCUUUCUUUGGAGGCAUUGAUUUUCCACUUUUCUAUAAGUGUUGAAUGUCCACAGCCAUAGAGUAUGGUCUUGUUUAGAACAAACAGUCAUGCAGAGGUCAACUCACUGGGCAUAGUGGACUCCAUCCGGUUAGUGCUGUCAGUAUGAUUGCCAUUCCACCAAGUCAGGCCUGACUGUAAGUGAUGACAGCAAUCAGGGAUUCUUCCUCCAUCAACUUCUACCCCUCGGAGAGCACCUCUUGAAUGUUAUCUCUGUGUGGUACAGUGGGCUCACCAUGUUGUACUGAAGGUAGAUUCAUGCUCAGAAACCAUACUCAUGACACAAAAGCCAAAGUCCUUUUAAAUUUUUUGCAUUCAACUUUUCUUUGAAACAUGGAUUUAUACAUUUUUUUAAGAAGCAGGCUAUUAAAUUUUAUUUUAAAAAAUCUCCAAAGCAUAAAACUGGAUCAAGAUACUCAUUCCAAAUAAACCAAAUUUUGUCAGAUAGUGA